AUGCUGCAAGGCCGCCGCGCCUCGACCUGCCCGGCGCCCGCCGCCACCGCCGCUGUGCCCCGCGGCGCGUCCGGCCGCGCGCCCGCCCGCGGCGGCGGCAGGAGCGCCGGUCGCGGCGGUCGCGGCGGAGCCGGUGGGCCUCCGCCGCCGACCCAGCAGCAGCAGCAGCAGCGCCGGCCCGCACCAAGGGACGACGACGAGGACGAGUUCUUCGUGGACGACGAAGCUGCUGCGAAGCUGCGGCAGAUCCUCAAGCGCCGCGGGCGCGACGCGCUGGUCGACGAGCGCGGCCGCGGGCUGGUGGCACUGGACAAGCUGGGGGAGGCUUAUGGGAUCCCCGACAGGCGGGAGCGGCGGCCCAAGGAGCAGUGGCAGCCAGACUUCGGCGUGGAGGAGGGCCGGGGCGGCGACGAGGAGGGCGGGGGCGAGGACGGCCGCGGCUCGGAAGCUGCGUCGGCCACGCGGAGAUUCGAGGGCCGCUCCAGCGGCGCCGCAGCGGUCGCUCGGCCACGCAGGGAUGCAGGCGGCGGCGCCGGCGCCUCUGCAGGGCUGGGAGCGGCGGCGCCGGCGGGGGCGGCCGCGGGGCAGAUCCCGGUGGUGCGGCAGAACAUGGGGCCUGACCAGGGCUUCUUCAGCGCCAGCAGCUGGCGGGACCUGGGGGCGAGCGACGCGGUGGUGGAGGCGCUGAGGGGGAUCGGCAUCACCCGGCCAUCGCACGUGCAGGCGGAGUCCUACCGCGCCCUCGUCUCCGCCAAGGCGCGCCACGUGGCCCUGGCGGACCAGGCAGGCAGCGGCAAGACCCUGGGCUACCUGCUGCCGCUGCUGCAGGAGCUGAAGCAGGAGGAGAAGAAGACGGGGCGGCCGGCCACGGUGCCCGGCAGCCCGCGGAUCCUCAUCAUCACGCCGACCGGGGAGCUGGCCCAGCAGGUCCAGCGGGUGCUCAAGGCGCUGGUGGCAGCCGGGCUGAAGCUGCGGUCCUCGAUCAUGACUGGCGGCCAGGAGGACGAGGCGCGGCGCUUCAAGGCCCUCAAGACGCAGGAAGACGCGCUGAAGGCGGGCGUGGACGUGAUGGUGUCAACCCCGGGGCGCGCGGUGGCGCUGCUGUCCAAGGGCGCCCUCAACCUCGGACGCACCAACGCGAUCGUGCUGGACGAGGUGGACGUGCUGUGCGGCGGCGAGGACGUGUACAGGGAGCAGGUGGAGCCGCUGCAGUCCGCCGCGCCGUCAUCGACGCGCUUCGUCCUCGUCAGCGCGACGCUGCCGCAGCACACCUUUGAGAAGCUGCGGGAGGUGUUCCCGGGGCUCGAGCCCGCGUUUGGGCCGGGGCUGCACCGAGUAUCCGCGGGUGAGCGCAUGUCGGGGUCCCCGAAGGGCGGGCGGCGCAGUAGACCGGUACACAUAGGCGCGCACAGCCGUGAGCGGAGCCCCAGUGGUGCCAGCUUCUCCUAG